AUGCUUCCACCCUCUCACCGUAAUGAAACCAUUACUCAGCGUUUUUCAGCAGUUUCCGCUGUGACUCCUCCGGUACCGGUAUCUGUGGUUGAGGAGCAGAGGGUAGGAGAAUGGGGAAGGAAGGAGCAGAGAGAGGAAGAGAAACACAUAUAUUAUGAAAAUCUUUACACUGGAGCAAUGGGCCCGAGUUCAUCGCUGGAAAGCUUUCUGUUGUUCCUCUGGAUUUCAGGGAUCUGUGGUGGACUGGCCCAGGCUCAGCUCAUGAAGAAAGAUAACUGCACCAACUACGAGCUCGUGAUUGAACGGGUGUUCUCUGUGCCCGGGGACGCGGCCAUGCUCAACAGCACCCUGCUGUCUCAGGACGUCUUUAACUUCACCGCCGUCCCGUUCAACAUCACCUGGUUCAGCGCAAAGACGGGACAGGAGAUGAGAAACGAGACCGGUCGGAUUCUGGUGCUCCAGGAGACACUUUGGUUCCUCAACACCACUCUGGACGACGAUGGGGAAUACCUCGCCAUAGUGCGAACUCCGUCUCAGUGCUACAUGCAGACCGCGAAGCUGGUGAUGGAUCGGCCAGUUGCUGGAGAGUGUGGAAGGCCAAGAAAAGAUUCUCGAAAUGUGGAGACAAACGUGGUAUGCCCUCUGAACAAUUAUAUUCACAAACUGAAGACCUACGGCAUGGACGUCUCUGUUAAUUGGUACAAACAAGAAACAAAAUCAUACAUUUUUAAUUUUUUUCUCUUUUCAGAUAAGUACUCCCUCGUUCCACAAGUUCAUAAGCCGGAAAAUGAAAUUAUCAAGGAGGCAAAAGGGUCAAAUUUGACAAAGAGUUGUCUGGUGUUUGUUCCCGGUGCUGGGAUACCGUUCGUUGACGUCAUUUGGUUGGUCGAAAAUAAGGUCAUGUUUGAUUCUGAGCCGUCUGACCGCAUCUACACAUCAGACCUGCGUUCGUGGACCCAAGAUGAACCAAAGGGUGUGUGGUUGGAGCGGCUGCUUCUCUUCUCCGAACUGAAGGAGGAGGAUUUCUACCUCAACUACACCUGCAGGGUCUUCAGUUCCCGAGGCUACCCGGACGGAUACUUUACUUUGUUACCAGCAGGUAAAGCUUGUGGAUAUCAGAUUUUCUUAUGGUGCUCCACUGUGCAUUACAUAGCAUGAGCUGUGCACAAAUUGAAAUUACAAAAAUAAAUCAGCUUAUUGAAAACACACUA